AUGUGGCAUAGGCUGAAUAAGCCACUGCUUAACAAAGCAGGACCAGAGCCUUAUGAUUUAUUAUUUGUUCAGAUCUUUGUCCUGGCUGCCCUGGGCACCAUCAGUAAACAUGCGAGGGUUCACACGGGAGAGAGACCUUACACAUGUAAAGCAUGUGGGAAAACCUUCCGCUGGCUCAGUUACCUCACGGUGCACGCGAGGAUUCACACCGGGGAGAGGCCGUACGCAUGUCAGGCGUGUGGGAAAACCUUCCGCUGGUUCAGUCACCUCACUCAACAUCGGAGAAUUCACACUGGAGAGAGACCUUAUGUGUGUAAGGCAUGUGGGAAAACCUUCCGCGUGCUCACCAGCCUCAACAAACAUGCCAGGGUGCACACGGGAGAGAGACCUUACGCAUGCCAGGAAUGCGGGAAAGCUUUUAGUCGCCGUGGCAAUCUAACCGUCCACACAAGAAUUCACACGGGAGAGAGACCUUACAUGUGUGAGGACUGUGGGAAAACCUUCAGAGAAUCGCAUCACUUCACGUUACAUAGAAAACGUCACACGGGAGAGAGACCUUUUGCAUGUAAGGAGUGUGGGAAAACCUUCCUUCAGUCCAGAGGCCUGAUGACUCACACAAGAAUUCACACCGGAGAGAGACCCUUCGAAUGUCUGGAAUGUGGAAAAAUGUUUUCACAGCCGGGUAACCUCAGCAAACAUAAGAAGAUUCACACCGGAGAGAAACCCUACAAGUGUAAGGAAUGUGGGAAAACCUUUUAUGAGCCCAGUAAACUCACUGGGCAUUUAAGAGUUCACACCGGAGAGAGACCUUACGUAUGUAAGGAAUGUGGGAGGACUUUUAAUGACACAAGUGCCCUCCUGAAACACACGCGAAUCCACACGGGACAGAAACCUCACGCCUGUCAGGAAUGUGGGAAGACGUUUUUUCGCCCUUCUCAGCUCAGGACGCACACACGAAGUCACACGGGAGAGAGGCCUUACGAAUGCAAGGAAUGCGGGAAAGCCUUUUCCUCCCCAAAUUACCUCCCUAUCCACGCACGCGUUCACACAGGAGAGAGACCUUACGAGUGUAAGCAGUGCGGGAAGGCCUUUUCUUCCCCAUCUUACCUUAUUGUCCAUGCUAGAAUUCACACCGGAGAGCGGCCCUACGAAUGUAAGGAGUGUGGGAAAAGCUUCCCAGGACCCACGUACCUGAUCGGACACAGACGGGUUCACACGCGAGAGCGGCCGUACGGCUGUCAGGAAUGCGGGAAAACAUUUAUACAGUCCAGUUCCCUCACUGCUCACAGAAGAACACACACGGGAGAGAGACCUUUCCAGUGUAAGGACUGUGGGAAGACAUUCGCUCAGUCCUUUUACCUCACUCAGCAUAGAAGAAUCCACACGGGAGAGAGACCUUACGAAUGUCAGGAAUGUGGGAAGACAUUUUCCCAGUCGAGCGACCUCACUGUGCAUAGGAGGAUUCACACAGGAGAGAGACCUUACGGGUGCCAGGAAUGCGGGAAGACAUUUACACGAUCAGGUCCCGACGCCGAGGGGGCUGCCGCUGUGGUCCAGCGCGCGGCCAUUGUGUCCCUGAGCCCUUGGGGCCUUCCUCUCCUCCUCCCGCCGCCGCCGCCGUUUCCAGCCCCAGCGGCCUCCGCUGACCAGUGUCCGGAGAGGACCAGGGUGGUGGUCAGUCCCCGGGGGGGUCGGGAGAGCUGCCAAGGAAUAAAGGACCUGGUGGUCUUUAUCAGAAAACCCGCCCGUGAGAACCCCGGCUUCGGCCCUGCCCCACACGUAGGGAUUGGUGACGGGAAGUCCGUCCUCGAGGGUGGACCUUCAGGGGAUGCCCAGAUGGACAGUCCUAUCCAGGGAUUCUUUUGA